CUGCUGACACUAUAAUAUUUGGGUGGAGGUGCCUGAAAGCACAACAGCUCCAAAGGCUAUGCUCAAUGUUCCUGUUCUUUGAAUAAAUGGCAUUGGUGUUCCUGAGGGACUCGUGUUAGCGCCAUCUACAGACUGAACAGAUUAUUGAUUUAGUGUUUUCCCGGAUACUUUCUGAGACACACCCGACUGCACUCUUAAUAACGCUUAAUAAAUGAGAUACAAAUGAGGAAAGACAAAACAUUUGCAAGUUAUUUUCAGUCUCUUCAGAGAAAAUGAUCAGAAUAUUGAAGUUCGUUCAAACCUAAUUAUUUCUAUUUGUAUGCCUCCACGUUAUAUUUAGAUUUGAUUUAUUCAUUCGGCAGACGCUUUUAUCCGAAGUGUGGCAUAAUAAACUGAAUCUAGCGGUUAGUGUUUCUUUGAUACUUUAUGGAGCUUGUUAUUGUGGCCUAAUAUUUGUAAUGCAUUGCAUAAACACCCCAUAAUUUAGCCUGAUUCUGCAGGUUGCUACUGCACGAGAAUCACCAUAGUAACAGCAGAACAGGUCAACAAAUCUGUCAUGGAGGGCGCGUGCCCAGCGGGCGCGCGAAAGCUCCCAGCCGGAGACUUGUUUCAUGCUGCCGUGUCUGGAGAUCCUGAGUGGCUGUGUUUAAAUCUGGAGAGAGUGCAGUCACCAAGUCAGCAGCAGAAUAAACAGGGUCUUACAGUGCUCCACGUGGCUGCUCAACAUGGUCAGCUAAAUUGCUUGAAACUGCUUCUGGAAUCUUGUACUGUGGACGUGAAUGCAUGCUGUCCGCAUGGCCGGAGACCGCUACACAUGGUGCUGAGCCCAGAGAGCAAGCCAAACUCUUACUGCUGCCUCACAUAUCUGCUGGAACAUGGAGCAGAACCCAAUGUUUCCACAGACGAAGGACUGACCCCACUGCACCUGGCAGCAGCUGAAGGCCUGAGAGAGUGUGUUGAAGCUCUGGUUAGGGUUGGAGCAGACACACACGCACGUGAUAGCCGAGGACACACACCCCUCGAGUACGCUUGCCUGUGGGGUCACAGGGUUGUUGCCAGAAUUCUUAAAAACGCAAUGUGGCAUAGAGAUAAGAAGACAGACAUGGAGAAACGCAAAGAACUGCAGAAUCUCAAACAGAAUAUGAUCAGGAUGCACAGGAAAGCAGAGGGAAUGCAGAAGUUAGCCAGAGAGGCCAUUAACAAACAGAAGGUGUCAGAGUGGGCUGAGAGGAAAGGUCUUCCCUGUCUCAGGUCUCCUACAACAGGCUUGUGGACAUUAAGCCAUCACUGUUGCCAUUCUGCCAAGCCUGUCAAAAAACACCAUGCAACUGAAUCAAGAGACAUGUGGAACAUCUCACCCAACCCGUCAAGACCUCCUCCAGCAAACAUCAGCAGAUCUAAGACAGUGAGAAUUGGUGUCCAUCCAGAAGAAGAAGCAGAUGAGCCUGAUCUACGCCAGAGUGUGACCCUGCAUUGUUUUGGAAAUGGGCACGUCCAUUGCACUACAUCUUGGGAUGAUAUUCCACAGCCAUUACCUGACCUGCCACUGGAUGUCAUUCAGAAAGACCUGUUUCCAUCUGAAUUUCCCUCUCGAAUUUCUGGUCCACUUCAACUACAGUGCAGCAGCGUGCUGGAUUUGUCUCACCGAGGAGGUACUCAUGGAAAUGAAGCUUCUCCCUGGACUGAAGUGGCAAUGCAUCUGGCUGAGGAGCUCCAGCCUGGCCAUUACUGAACACUACAAUCACUGGCCUGAUUGAACAGAGUUGAGAUGGUCAAUCCACAUAUAGGCAAAACUAUACAACAUACUACAUACCCAGUCCUUUUAGAUAUUCUAUGAAGACAAAUGACAUGGACAAAAAAAAAAAGCUUAUUGUCAAAAUAAAAUAUAUUUGUUUGUCCUUUUAAUAAAGGAGUUUAUCACCUUAAUAAAAGUAAACUACAGUGUUUCUAGGCUGACAAGAAGCACAUACUUUGCAAAAGUUUGAACUAGAAAAUGGCAAAGUUCUUAUGCCUUUCUGACAGUAAGAAAUAAUCCAAUUAUAGUCUAAGUGAAAUGCAUGCAUAAAUUUCUAGUAAAAAGCUUCGACUGUAAAAAGAGUAAGUGUAAACUGAAGAACAUUAUUCACCAUGCCCUACAAAUCAAUUCUAUGCUUUGAGAUGGCUGUGCUGUUUGCUGUCAGGAUUACCCGACAUAUUGUUGUAAGAUUUAUUUCCUAGACAGGGGAUAGACACCAGUUCUGUUUGCCCACUGUCCUUUUUUCAAUUGAUUUUUCCCCCUCUUCUAACACCAUAUUCUGUACAUGACGACCUUGGUAAUUAGCAUAUGAUUUUAAUCAUUUGCAUUGUCUAAACUGUGUAAAAUGUAGAACUAUCAUAUGCAUAACUGCCAGCAAUGAGGCUUAAUAAAUACCAAUUUUUCAAAAAUCAUUCUCUCUCCAACUUCGUUGGUACACAAAUGUAAUACAGUAAUAUUGAUAUUAAUAGAAAUCGAGCAUAACCACACACUUGUUUGUAUUCAGCACUAACUACUUUCACAGUCUUUGUCUUUCACUACUUGGUGCUUUGCAUACGGAUGAUCAAAACUGUCUGUAAAUACCGUAUAUGCACAAAUUUAAGCAUUGAUUUGUUUUGAUAAUUGCACU